GAUACCACAAUAAUAAUAAUGAAAAAUAGUCCUUACAUAAAAAUGAAAAGGACAUGAGAAGUGAAACUAAAAUUAAUUUACAAACAAAACAAAGUAAUUAAUAUUUAAUAAAUAAAAUGGAUUUCUCAUUAACUUCCUUAUAUAAACUAGAAAUAAAUGUAAUUAAAUACAUACAAGAACAAUUUUCCAAUGGCGAAACAAUACUACGUAACAUAAACCAUUAUCUUGAUCCCGUAUUCAUACUAAAUAUUUGGAUACCACUAGUGGGGGCAUUUAAUCAUAAAUUACUUAUACAACUGGUGGCAUCAAUAGGUGUUAUAAACACCCUGGCAACGGUAAUAAAAUGGUGCUUACCUGAAUACCGUCCUAUUUGGUUUAUUAGUGAAAAUUUAAAAAGCUUUAAAUAUGAUUUUAAUGACAUAACAAUUGAUCCGUUUAGCUGUGACACUAGUGCCGGUUUUCCCUCCUCACAUGCUGUUGCUUUUACCACAUUUGUUUUCAUUUUAGUUUGGCGUUUUGUUACAAGUUUUCUAUCUUCAUAUGAAUUUGUUGUCUAUGACAAAUAUUUGUUAAUUUAUACUUUUGCAUCUUCAAUAUCGACUAUCAUGUGGUUUAGUCGUUUAUAUUUUCUAUACGAAUUUUUACAUCAAUGUAUAGUGGGUUCAUUAUUUGCUGUUCUUCUGAUACAUGUGUUAAGGAGAUAUUCUUCGUCUUUAUUGAGUUUUGGUAAAGUGAAGGCAGUGAUGUUGGUUGUUGUUUUCGGCAGUAUACCGAUAAGUGCUUAUUUUGGAAUGCUACAUUGGGAUGUGGAUCCAUUUUGGUGUGUUCGAACGGCUUUUAAAUGGUGUCCUGAUCCCAUGCAGUUAAAACAUGAAAGUACUCCAGUAUUUACACUCUGUCGAGAUUUCGGUUAUCUCUUAGGUAUUGCCCUUUCAAGUCCUUUAGCUAAAAGCUAUUACAACUCAAACCACAAUUAUCGUAAACGUCUUCCUGCUUUAAUUUCUGUGGAAUUUUUUAAUUACCUUCUCCAAUUAUAUACUCCCAAAGAGUAUGGACGUUUUGCAUUUGUUGCUUAUGAAUUUUUAAGAAAUUGUUUUCAUUCCUUUAUGUUAUUGACAAUGUUACCGAAGUUUUGAUACUAAAUAAAAGUAUGUAGUUGAAAUCGUUUUGAAAA